UCAAAGUAAAGAAAAACACCCCACAACAAGAAAUAACACAACUAAUGGAAAAAAAUAUAAAUAAAGAAAAAUAAAUAAAAUGUCGUGUGCCGGUCUGAAACGACGGAGGCCCCUGGCGUCCGUUAACGACCCUCUGCGUUUGCGUUUCUCGCCGUCGCGACCGAAGCGACACGACCGGACGCGCGCGGAUGGAAGUAGGUGAAGGGGGAGGGGGGAGGAGGGGGCCGACUUACUCGCGACUCAAUGUCGCCCCCCGUCUUUCUUUCUCUCUCUCUCGCUCUCUCUUGCUCUCUCACUGACGCGCGCGCUCCAUCAGUUGCGAUCCGUCGCUCAAGAUGGCGGCCAGUGGUGGUGCCAGCGGCGCGUCCGGCACCAAUUUCCCGGACGAACUCAUCAUCCGUCACGUUCGCGACCAUUCUUGCCUCUACGAUCCGCGCGAAACCGAAUACAAAGACGCCGAUCGCAAAGCGGCCGUCUGGCGAGAAAUCGCCAACAACGUCGGCAUGUCCGCCAUCGAGUGCGAGCACCGUUGGCGCUACUUGCGGGACCGGUACACGCGGGAGCGCAAGCGCAAGUCGCAGCAGACCAACGGCUGCAAAUCAGGAGGCGGAGGCAACUGGCCGUUAGCCUCCCAAAUGCAUUUCAUCCAGGAUUUUAUCAAACACCGCAGCUUUAAAUUCAAGGCCCGUGGGGGCGGCGGCGGCGGGCAGCAGGAAGCGACGGGCGAUGGUACAAGCACGCGAGGUGCCCGCCAACAACACGUCAAGUCUGAAGGUGAUAAUAACCAUACAUCGUCCGACGAAACGGACGGACCGGUUUCGCCCGGCUUCGAUCAACAAAGUGCCGCGGCGGCCGAGUGCUACCCUAUGGUCAUCAUCGAAGAAACAGAUGCGCACCAUCACGUCGGUCCACCUCGUUCUGGCACACCUUCAGACUACCUUCGAGGAGGUGGACCGAAUGAUCAUCAUCACCACCAUAGGUCGUCAACGUUCAAUAAUGGCGGGAGCAGCAGCCCUCGUCUGACGUACAACGAAGACGAGCUCUUCUGUCUCAGCGUCGCCCAGACUCUGCGUCGUCUGCCGCUGAUGCGCCGAUCCUUGGCCAAAGUUCAAAUACUUCAACUGAUCCACGAUAUGGAAUUCGGUCAUUCCUAAACUGAAAAAAAAGAAGUAAAUAAAGAGAGAAACCACUACGCUGCGCACUCGGGCACUUGAACAUCAACAAGAAGAUAAAAACUAUUCCCUUUUCUUCAUUUUUUCUCUUUACUUUAUGAAUACAUGUUUAACAUCUCAAGUGGAUAGUAGUAUCUGGCAACCCUGCGGAUCGUGAUAAAAGGUGUGUGCAUAGUCCCAAGAGAAAAAGAAACAAAAAAUACGCAGCCAAGAAUAGCGAUGAUGACUUUUUCUCUCGCAACCCUGCCCUCCCCUCUCGUACCGUGAUUCCUUCCAGACACAUUCUUCACGGUCAACACACACACACACACCUCAACGGAACCCCUUUCUAUUCGGUGCAACAACAACAACACCUGUGCAGGAAAUCCGGACAGUAUCCAGCCAGCCGCAACAACAACAGAAGUAGUAAAUUUAGAAGACAAUAAAACACACGAAAAGAGGCCUUUUUCACAGUUCACCACUGAGAGCAGAAACUGAAAAUUAGUUCACUAUGACACCACCAGAUGAAAACGCGCACCGAUAUGACGAAAGAAUAUUUCAGAU